AGCCUAUCCUGUCUUGAAGCAGAAUUGUAAUCUGGUUAAUUGACUCCUUCCUUCAGAUUUCUUUUCAUUCUACUCAAGGCUUUGCUUGUGAGUGACUUCCCCCUUCCGUUUCUUCUGAGUUAAGUCCAGGCUCGGAGGAAAAGGUCAAGCCGCUUGGAGCACGUGUGAUUUCACCUUCAGGCGGAUCUGUGUGUGAUUCAUCGGUUGGAACUGGGAUCCAGUAAAUGCCGCGGGGCUGCUGCUGGGAAGAGUGGCGGAGGAUGUGAACACUGGACAGUCUGUGGGGUACCUAUGUAGAUGAGGUUCGCCCCUUAGCUAGGCUUUACUUAUUUAUUUUUUUCCUUAGGUUUCAGAGCCAUGUCUGCAGAAUUCAUUUCAUCAGCAGGAGAGGAGGAAUGCCCCAGCUCCGGACCCAGUUUUAGAUCCAGUCGGAGAAAGAUAUUAAACCUGCUCCUGGAGAGAGACACUUCCUUUACCACCUGUCCAGAUCUCCCUAGAACUCCGGUGAACAAACUCUGUGGUGAUUCUGCAAACCUAAGCGUUUUGUCUGGAGGUACCCCGAAAUGUUGCCUUGAUCUUUCGAAUCUUAGCGGUGGUGGAGAGAUGUCUGCCAGUCAGCUUACCACUUCUGCAGACCUUGAUGAAACUGGUCACUUGGAUUCUAAAGGACCUCAGGAAAUACAUUUAACUGAGAUGAAUCAUCAGCAGCACCUUACAAAAUGCGGCCCAGCACAGCUGCUUUGUAGCACUCCAAGUGCUUUGGACCAUGGCAACAGGAAGAAAGAUGCAAUAUGUAGCUCAUCCACAAAUAAAGAAAAUGAGAACAACACUUUGAAGUCCUCAGAGUGGUGGGCACCCAGGAGCCUGAAGUUUCAAACGAGACAAGGGGGGCCUUACAUGUCUCCCCUUUCUCUACUGGACAAUGGAAACUUUUUGGAAGGUGAAAUGAAAUAUCUGGGCAGUCCCAUUACUACAUUUCCAAAAUUGGAUAAAAAUCCAGAACUAGAAGAUCAGGCAGAGGAGACUUCUGAUGAAUUGAUGGAGUUUUCUCUGGAAGAUCAAGAAGAGGGCAAGGCAUCUCUGAACAGAAGCUCCUUGUAUGGCUCCCCUUCGUUGCCAGAGAAUUUGAACAGGCCAAGACUGAAGCGGGUGGUAAAAUUCAAGAACAACCCAAUACCAGAUAAAGAAAAAAAGGAGUAUUGUUCUAACCAAAAAGAGCUCAGGAAGUGGGGGGAUUCUUGUCAUCCUCAGGGCUUAGGUCUAAAGAAGACAGUUUCUCUCUGUGACAUUAAUGUCAUUCAGAUGCUGGAGGAAGAUUCUAACCAGGGCUCUCUGAUUGGUGAUUUCUCCAAGGUAUAUGUGCUGCCAACCGUGUCAGGGAGACACCAAGAUCUGAAGUACGUCAGCCCAGAAACAGUGGCUGCCUUGCUAUCAGGGAAGUUCCAGAGCUUGAUUGAGAAGUUUUAUAUCAUCGAUUGCCGCUAUCCAUAUGAGUACCUGGGAGGACACAUCCGGGAAGCCUUAAACUUGUACAGUCAGGAAGAACUGUAUAACUUCUUUCUGAAGAAGCCCAUUGUCCCUCUCAACACCCAGAAAAGAAUAAUCAUCGUGUUCCACUGUGAAUUCUCCUCCGAGAGGGGUCCCCGAAUGUGCCGCUCUCUGAGACAAGAGGACAGGGCUCUGAAUCAGUAUCCUGCAUUGUACUACCCAGAACUAUAUAUCCUCAAGGGGGGCUACAGAGACUUCUUUCCAGAAUAUACGGAGCUGUGUGAACCACAGAGCUACUGUCCUAUGCAUCAUCAAGACCAUAAGGCUGAGCUGCUGAGGUGUCGAAGCCAAAGCAAAGCAUGGGAAGGAGAGCGGCAGCUGCAGGAGCAGAUUGCCUUACUGGUGAAGGAUGUGAGCCCAUGAUAGUGGGUCAGUGAUUGGCUGUCUAGGAGUCACCAAAAGACACAAUAGAAAUGCUGAGCAGAAAGAAGCCAUGUUGUAUAUGACUAAACCCAGGAUUGUUAGAAGAUGUUUGCAAGCCAACAAGCUGCCAAGCUAAUAAAAUUUCAGGCCUGGGGGUUGGUUUUAGCAGAGGUGCUGGGUGGUGACUGAGUCCUGGAGCUGGCUCUAGAAGGGUGUGGCCUUGAGUUACCUGGAGAUUUGUGUUGCUUCAGGAAGUGUUUGCAUUCUCUUUCCAUUUAGACACGUCCUCUCACAAGCCGGCUAGCUCUUUCCCUGGGUUUCUGCCUGUUGCAACAGAGUUGUCCAACUUUUUUCUCUGUACUUGCCUUCUGUGUUUCCUUCUCUCCCUUUUUCUUAAAUGGGAAAAUAAACACUGCAGAAUGAGAAAUUUGAUUGUGAACCCUGUCUACUCCUAGAAAAUCUUUAUAAGGAAGAGAUCAUCAAAUUCAUCUCUUUUAGACAAAGGUAUAACAAUCUUGAUAUAUAGCUGAGGCCAAGGUGCUUUUCUCUAGACCGUUUGUUCUCAGAUUUGGGCUCUGGACCAUAGGCAUUAUCUGAAUUUGUUUGAAAUGUAAAUUUUCAGGCCUCACAGCAGACCUACUAAAGCAAGACCUCUGGGGGCUCAGAAUUACGGGUUUUAAAUUUUUUCCCUUUUAAAUGAUUCUGAUGCGUGCUGAGGCUUGAGAACCACUAAAUACUGGAAGUAAGGAAAACUUUUGUUUUGUUUUGUUUUGUUUUUUUAAGCAGGGGCUGGGUGGGGUGAGGUAAGGGGAAGAAGCAGAGGGAGAAGGGGAGAGAGAGAAGCUCACUGCCCAGCGCAGAGCCCGAGGUAGGGCUCACUUAACCAACUGAGGCACCCAGGCACCUCUUAAGGAAAACCUUUUAAAUUGCCUUCUUUAGCAAUAUUCCAGCUUUCCUUUUCUAGACCAUUCCAAGUAUGAGUUACCUAAAAGUAUGCUCCACACUCAGCACUCCAUGAUAACUAGGUUCAGAAAACCAUAGUGUUUAACAUCUCUAAAGCAGGUUAUAGGCCUGAGUUGGGCUUAAAAAGAUUCCUUAUCUAGGGUUGCCUGGGUGGCUCAGUGGGUUAAGCCUCUACCUUCAGCUCAGGUCAUGAUUUCAGGGCCCUGGGAUUGAGCCCCACAUUGGGCUCUCCGCUCGGUGUGGAGCCUGCUUCCCCCUGCCUCUCUGCCUACUUGUAAUCUCUCUCUCUCUCUGUCAAAUGAAUAGAUAAAAUCUUAAAAAAAAAAAAAAAAAGAUUCCUUAUCUACAACCUCCAUAGACUUUUGACUUUUCCCAUUUCCCAUUUCCCAUCUCUUUCCUUGACUUCAUUUCCCAUCUCACAGAGAGGAGUUUAGGACUUGGGAUAGUUGGAAGUAGAGAUAUGUGCUGUCUGAAGGUAGGGAAUAAAAGGAUAAAAAAGUAGCAAACAAGAGCCAUUAGACUUAAGGAAGACCUUUUACUUACUUCUUUUUUUUUUUUUUUUUUUUAAAGAAAACCUUUUAGGGGCACCUGGGUGGCUCAGUUGGUUAAGCAUCUGCCUUCGGCUCAGGUCAUGAUUUUAGGGUCCUGGGAUCAAGCCCCACAUCAGGCUCCUUGCUCAAUAAGGAGCCUGCUUCUCCCUCUCCCACUCCCCCUGCUUGUGCACCCUCUCUGUCAAGUAAAUCUUUAAAAAGAAAAAAAAAAAAAAAGGAAGCCUUUUAAAGUGCAUUCUUCAGCACUAUCCCAGGCUUUACAUUCUUAGAGUUGUUAAGGCAAGUAGGCUUUUGUCUUCAUAGUGAGAUACACCCCUAUGUUCCUGGGGUGGCAGUGGAAUUGACUCAAAAUUGUCACUCUCCCAUAUUAACCUAGUGGGAGUGAUAGCCCAGGACUAGAAAAAGACAAAGAUGGGCGCCUGGUUAGCUCAGUGGGUUAAGCCUCUGCCUUUGGCUCAGGUCAUGAUCUCAGGGUCCUGGUAUGGAGUCCCACAUCGGGCUCUCUGCUCAGCGGAGAACCUGCUUCCCCCUCUCUCUCUGCCUGCCUCUCUGCCUACUUGUGAUUUCUGUCUCUGUGUGUCAAAUAAAUAAAUAAAAUCAUAAAAAAGAAAAGAAAAGAAAAGGACAAAGAGCUCUGAAGCCUGGCUGAGUCAGAAUAGAGACCAAAGUGACCUCUUCCUGACUUCUGGAGCAUGGAAACCUUUUUUAAGUGAGCGGGAGGGAAGAAGGGCUGUGGCUGGACUGAUGUCGGCAAGGGGGGGCCAGGGCCCUUCUGGAGUGCCUUCCGUGUGCCUCCCAGCAGAGGGCACUGUAGUAUUCUUUAAUGCAGCUUCUAGAGCCUGCUGCCUCCACCGCCCAAUCCUGCCUCUGCCCACAGGAAAGCUACCUGGACUUCUCCCUGAGCCCUUGAGCUCAGAGCUCAGAAGGGCGGAGGGGAAAGGAGAGAAAAGCUGUUUCCCAUUAGGUGCAGAUGGCUGAGGGGAGUACUCUGCUCCUCUGUCCCACCCCCACGUACUUAUCCCUGCCAAACAGAUACUCCUGGUGGCCUGAAGAGGAAAAUGUUUGAAGCACCUCUACUUCCAAGUAUGAGGAAGGGAUCCCCUAACUCACUGCCUAGCUUAGUGGGUCAUUUCCUGUUCGUUUUCCCCAGAAAAGUGGAACCAACCCUCCCCCCUGCAGGAAGAGACUGGUACACAUGUUCCCAUUACAGUAAUCUUAAUUAAGUGGAAGUUUGGAGCUGCAAAACAAAAACUAGAGCUUAAUUAUUUUUAUCUACUUUGUGGAAAAAAAAUUGUAUUUGCCUAAAAGGCUCCAUUUGCUGCCUGUAUAAUUCUUAUAAUGUCCUCCCUUUGCAUAGGUGCCCUGUGAUUUGAUUCAUGUUGUUUUCAGGAAUAAUAAUAGUAACUAAUAUUUUUCAGGUGCUUACUGUAUGCAAGACUUUUUAUGAACUCAUUUUAUAUGUAUAAACUCAUUUAAUUUUCACAGCAAUUCUGUGAGGCAGGCACUUACUAUUUUGCACAUUUUACAGGUAAAGGAAUUGAGACACAGAGGGAUUAAGUAACUUGUUUAAGGGAUGCCUGGGUGGCUCAGACAAUUAAGUGGCUGCCUUCCACUCAGGUCAUGAUCUCAAGUGGAGCCUGCUUCUCCCUCUGUCUACUCUGCCUGCCCCUCCCCGCUGCUUGUGCUCUCUCUCUGACAAAUAAAUAAAAUCUUUAAAAAAAAAAAAAGUGACUUGUUUAAGAUCACACAGCUAAUGAACAGUAGAGUUGGGGUUUGAACCCAGGCAGUAUGGCUCCAGUGUCUAUACCCUGAAUGGAUUUGCUGUUACCAAAUCCUCAUCAAAGAGUAGUAUGCCUUUCUAUUCACUGUAUUAGAUGUUAAA